CUCCCUAUCUACCAUAAUAAUUAUAAUUAAAUAAGCCCAGAAAAACACAGAAAUCAAUAAUCUACACAGAAAACUCCAACCUUAAAAGAACGCAGAACGUGCAAGCUGAACUAAACAAACACAAUCACAAGAACACGAAACUCGCUCUCUGCUUCUCCUCUAAUCCGGACCCAGAAAGGGAUAGAGAGAGUUUUUUAACCUGUGGAUCAUUGUGAGUACUGCUCUCUGCUUCACAUUUUCCUGUUAUAGUUACCUGCAAGAAGCAGAAGGAAGAGCUACAUCCCACUUCAGUCGGAGGUGUUGCUAGUUCUUUUUGCCGGAGGAAACACACAGCCGGCAAUGUGGAAGGUCCGGUCGGUCUUGGGCUUGUUGUCCCUUCUCCUGCUUUCGGCCUCGGUGGGCUUGGCUGCUGCUCAAGGAUCUAGGGGAAGAAGCAGUAAAUGGCAAACACUUAGUGGAGAUGCACCUUUGGUCAUAGCAAGAGGUGGAUUUUCAGGAAUAUUUCCUGAUUCCAGUUUUUAUGCAUAUUCACUUGCGGUGCAGACUAGUUUGACAAAUGUGCACGUGUGGUGUGAUGUUCAACUUACAAAAGAUGGAGCUGGAAUCUGCUUUCCAGAUAUCAGGCUGGAAAAUUCUUCUGACAUUGAUAAUGUAUAUAAAAACGGGCGAAACACCUAUGUUGUCAAUGGAGUCUCCACGCAAGGAUGGUUUUCUGUUGAUUUCACGCUUAAUGACCUAGCACCAGUUAAUUUGAAACAAAGGAUCUUUACUCGGGCCCCUAAUUUUGAUGGUACUCCAAUGCAAAUUCUUACAGUCGAUGAUGUAGUUAGCCAAGUAAAACCACCUGCAUUAUGGUUAAAUAUACCGCAUGAUGCAUUUUUCAGCCAACAUAAUCUGAGUAUGAGGAGCUUCAUUCUUUCUGUAUCUAGACGAGUGAUUGUUAAUUAUGUUUCAUCGCCAGAGGUUGGCUUCCUGCGUAGUAUCGUAUCACGAUUCAGGACAGGCCCGACGAAGCUUGUAUUCCAGUUUCUGGGACCUGAUGAUGUGGAGCCAACGACCAACAGUACAUACGGCACACUUCUGAAUAAUCUUACAUUUAUCAAAACCUUUGCCUCUGGGAUUCUUGUUCCCAAGUAUUACAUAUGGCCAGUAGACAACAGCCAAUAUUUACUGAAUUACACCUCUCUGGUCGUGGAUGCUCAUGCAGCGGGUCUAGAAGUUUUUGCAUCUAACUUUGCGAAUGAUGCACCUUUAGCAUAUGAUUACAGCUAUGAUCCUGUGGUUGAGUAUCUUAACUUUAUUGACAACGGAAAAUUUUCUGUUGAUGGAGUGCUCUCUGACUUCCCAAUAACUCCAUCGGAAACCAUAGAUUGCUUCUCCCACAUUGGCAAAAAUGACACUGUGCAAGCAAAUAUAUUGGUUAUUUCAUCUGAGGGAGCAAGUGGGGACUAUCCUGGUUGUACUGAUAAGGCGUAUCAGAAAGCUGUAUCAGACGGUGUAGAUAUACUUGACUGCCCCGUUCAAAUGACAAAUGACGGGGUACCUAUUUGCUUGGGAUCCAUCAACCUUAGGGAUAGAACAGAUGUUGCUCAAUCAGAUUUCAGCAACCUGGCAACAGAUAAUCCAGACCUUAACAUACAGAAUGGGAUUUUUACCUAUAAUCUAACAUGGAGCCAAAUUCAGACCUUGAAACCUGCUAUUUCGAAUCCAUAUUCAAAUUAUUCACUUUUCCGCAAUCCAAGAUCCAGAAAUGAUGGGAACUUAAUGUCAUUAGCUGACUUCUUGGCAUUUGCAAAUAAUGCCUCUUCUGUCUCUGGAGUCCUAAUCACCAUCGAGAAUGCCGCCUAUCUAGCUCAGAAGCAGGGUUUAGGUGUAACUGAUGCCGUUGUGGAUGCUUUAAGUAAAGCUGGUUACAAUAAUCAGACAACAAAGAAGGUUAUGAUUCGAUCCAGCGAUAGUGCUGUUCUGUUGAAGUUUAAAAGCAGCAGCAAUUAUGAGCUUGUUUACCUAGUUGACAAUGACGUCCGUGACAUUUUGAACUCAACGAUUUUGGAGAUAAAAAAAUUUGCAAGCUCUGUGGUCCUCUCCAAAGGAUCCGUCUUUCCUACUGAUGAUGCCUUUGUCACUGGCGAAACAAAUGUUGUUCCGAAGCUGCAGGCCUUUAAUCUCACAGUGUAUGUGCAAUACUUCCGAAAUGAGUUUGUAGCUCAACCGUGGGACUUCUUUUCUGAUGCAUACGUAGAGAUUAACACACACGUCUCAUACAUGGGAAUCAAUGGUGUCGUAACGGACUUCCCUGCAACAGCUGCUAAGUACAGAAGGAACCGGUGCUUAGGAUACAAAGAAGUACCAUUAUACAUGACGCCAGUCCAACCUGCAGGUCUUAUUUCACUUAUGGCACCUAAGUUUUUGCCUCCAGCUGAGGCCCCGAACCCGGUCCUGACAGAGAAUGAUGUAACUGAGCCUCCUCUGCCACCUGUCGUGGAGAAGGCCCCUACUGCGAACACUGGCAACGGCACUACAGCACCAGGCCCAACCCCACCAAAUGGGCAGCCUACGCUUCUUGCAAGCACCAUCCUCAGCAGCAUUGGUGUUCUUCUUGCAGCUCUUCUGAUAUGCUGAGGUUAAAAGUUGUAAUUUCUUGCCAGCCAUUUUGUAUUUGUCUAUAUGAUCAUUGGUUAUUUGGAGACGAGCCAUUUCAGAUACUUGAGGGAGGGACUGUUUUUCCCGGUCGAUCUUGUAGGUAUUUUGAUUCUUCUCCUGGUUAAUAUGAAGUUUGGACAUGGAUGUAAUUUAUUCUUUGUAUUGAUGGUCUCACUCUUCCUAUGUUGUAAAUUUUUGUUUACGUUAUCAUUCAGGUGUGUAUGGAGACAUUCUUUGAUGAUAUUUUCACUCUUCUGCUGUUAGUUCCAAAA